AAGCGCUAGCGGGUAGGACUUCAUCUAACUUUGGUAAAGGCUUCGCCUAUCAAGCGCCAGUAAAUAGUUAAAGUUAGGUAUCAAACUGAAGCUGUUCUGGAGCCUUACAUCUUACGGCACUUCGACAAUGUGUCGCUAGGUAGCAGCGCAUGGCGUCAUUCAAACAUGUACAUUUUGAUACAGAAAUGGAUAGGAGCAAGGUAGCCGUCAUGAGAAUCAUAUUGUGUCAGAGAAAAAUGAAAACAAAUCAAAGAACUGAGUGCAUGAUCGCUGAGUAAUGAACCUACACUGAUAUCUUAUUUCUUUUAGAUUUAUUCAUUUGGAAACGUAAAAAUGGCUGUCAGCAAGAUGUCAACCUCACUUUGGCAUAUCUUACAAAACGGGUUUAUUCAUGUACUGCGCAGGUCCCUUAGCUUACUGUCCCUGUACUACACCUCACCUCGGGUACGCCCCCCUUUUCAACCAUGGCGACGUCUGUCAGUAUUAUUCUUCACAUUUUCCUUUUCAUCGACAUUUUGGUCCUCAUCGCAGAAGCGAAGCCAGUGUUUCACCAAGAUGGCGAGUUAAGAAAUGCCAGAAGUGCUGAGCAUAAGAAGAAAGGUGGAAUGGACAUGGGCCUUCUGAACUCCAUGUUAAACCUCAAACCAACCAUUGAGCCUGUGGAUCUUCCUGAAGCCGUGGCCGUCACAGCACAGGAGAAUUUCCGAGACAAGCUUGGGAAAAGAAAGAACAAGAAGGGCAACGAAGUGGACAUGGGUCUACUGAACUCUUUCCUCAACUUGGAACCCACAAUUGAACCUAUAGACCUUCCUAAUGAAGUAGCUGUUACUGCAGCUGUAUAUCACAGGGAUAACUUCAAGGGAGAAGAAAAGAAAGGCAACAGCGUUGACAUGGAUCUGCUUAACUCCUUCCUCAACUUGAAACCUACCGUCGAACCUGUCGACCUGCCUGAGGCUGUGAAAGUAACGGCCGCUCCAAUGUUCCGAGAAGUAAAAGAACAAGGCAAAGAGAGCAAUGUUCACCAUCGUGAAGAGCAUAACGCAUUGAAUAGGAUAAUAGACGGGCUGCUGGAGAGCGUGGAUAAAGUACUGGAGGAGUAAUCUGUUCACCGGGGCUACAAGCAGGGUUUCUUCGGCACUGUAAGCUUCUAUCCCCGCCAGGCUAACUAUGCCAAGUGCGGUGAUUUCGCCCUCCUGAAUUCAAUAACAGUAAUAACAGUUCUAAGGAUCUUCCUCAGGGGGGCGAGGCAAAAUUUCGAAUUCAUCGGGGUAUGUUCGUCUUUGUACAGAGGAGCUGGCCUUUGUGGGCCAUGGCAACAGUUUGGUUUUCAGAUUAUGUUUAGCAUAGAAAACGUGUUUAGAUAUCGGUUUCUACUUACUUAUUGGAUAAUGAUUCCAGUGUGUAGGACUGCACAGAUAGUAUAAUAGUAAUAGGUUUAUUGCAAAUCACUGCCCAGGGGAUAGCAACAUGUCACAAGGUAAAUAAAAAAAACAAGGACGGUGGUUCUAGUUUCAUAUACUAAUUGAAUCUGAAUCCAAGUAAGUUUAAAAUAACUUGAUAGGGGCCACUUUUUCAAUAAUAUAUUGAUGGAGUUUUAAACAUUUGGAGUUGGACUGUGAGUACGGAUUAUCUUUAGCUUGAGUCAAAAAGGUGACCUAUGGCUACGGUUAAAAAUACGAUUAGUCAAACAUUAGUCUACAAGCGAUUACUA